GCGUCGCUGCCGGGUGUCUCCCUCGCCCCUCGGGGCCCCGGGGCUUUGCCGGAGGUACCUGCCCGGCUCCAGAGUCGCACUGCCUGCAUCAAGUGAAAAAGGUGCCAGCAGUAGCUUCUUGGUGCUCAUGAUAAGACAAAUCCGAUACUUGCAUAGAACAGCAGUGCGCAAUGCCAGUGGAGGAGCCUUAUUUGUGCACAGAGAUAGUCCUGAAAAUAACCCAGAUACUCCAUUUGAGUUCACACCUGAAAACCAAAAGCGAAUAGAAGCAAUCGUAAACAACUACCCAGGGGGACACAAAUCUGCAGCUGUCAUGGCAGUACUAGAUUUGGCCCAAAGACAGCAUGGAUGGUUGCCCAUAUCGGCUAUGAACAAGGUUGCUGAAAUUUUAGAAAUGCCUCCCAUGAGAGUGUAUGAAGUAGCAACCUUCUAUACAAUGUAUAAUCGCAAACCUGUUGGGAAAUACCAUAUUCAGGUCUGCACUACCACGCCUUGCAUGCUGCGAGACUCUGAUAGUAUUUUAGAAGCCAUUAAGAAGAAACUUGGUAUAAAAGUUGGAGAAACAACACCUGAUAAACUCUUCACACUGAUAGAAGUGGAAUGUUUAGGUGCUUGUGUAAAUGCACCGAUGGUUCAAAUAAAUGACAAUUACUAUGAAGAUUUGACACCCAAAGAUAUUGAAAACAUAAUUGAUGAACUAAAGGCUGGCAAAGUUCCCAAACCUGGCCCAAGGAGUGGACGUUUUUCUUGUGAGCCAGCUGGUGGCCUUACUUCUCUGACUGAACCACCCAAAGGACCAGGUUUUGGAGUUCGAGCUGACCUCUGAGGAUUUUUGUAAUGUAAGAUGAUGCCUGAAAAUAAUAAAGUAACUUUAAUCUCA